UUUAAUACUGUACAGAAUGAUGUAACCAUCAAAGAAGCUUCAAUGGACACGCUUCUUCUCAGUUCUAUUUCUAGAAGACGCAAAAGUUGUGGCCAGUAGUACACAAGUGUAGAACCAUCGAGACCCGUGAUUGACUCUCUUUUGAGUGUUGUUUCUAUAUUCCUUUCGCGCGCACAAUUUCAGAAACGCUCUUCAGCAUCUUCGAUUUCCGGUCACCUGAGUCACGACUUCUAUCUAAUCUCCCCUAUAUUGAUUUCAAACAGGGGACUGUUGGAGGAGUAAUGUCUAGCAAUUAUGUGGAAGACGAUGGAGGUGGGCUACUUGGAGACUAUUUAUCUUCAGAAACUUUGAUUCCUUGUGCAGGUGCCAUUGUUGGUAUAUUGGCUUGCAAGAUGGUUUAUGAUCUUUCCCAAAUGAUCAGUGAAGCACAAUUCAAGAGCUAUUUUGGCCUUUCAAGUAUGCAGAAAGUUGAGUGGAAUAACAGGGCAAUAUCUACAUUUCAUGCACUUUUCAUCACAAUAUGGUCUGUAUACUUUGUGUUUUGGUCGGAUCUCUAUGAUGUUAAUGUCCUCACUACUGCUGUGACAUUCCGAAGUUCUCCAGCAUCCACAUUUGGAUUAGCGGUUUCUUCUGGGUAUUUUCUCACUGAUCUUGCAAUGAUAUUAUGGUUCUAUCCUUCUCUUGGAGGAAUGGAGUAUGUGGUUCAUCAUCUUCUUUCUAUGUCAGCUGUUACAUAUGCUAUGCUGACAAGAGAAGGGCAAUUGUAUACAUUUAUGGUUCUUAUAUCUGAGACAACAACUCCAUCAAUGAAUUUGAGAUGGUAUCUUGAUUCUGCUGGAUUGAAGAAGUCCAGAGUUUAUCUUGUAAAUGGAUUUGUUAUGUUCUUGGCAUGGCUGGUUGCAAGAAUAAUUUUAUUUAUAUAUGUGUUCUACCAUAUCUAUUUGCACUAUAACGAGAUUAUGCAAAUGCAGAAAGUUGGUAUAUGUUUGGUAUUGGUUGCUCCUUGUGUGAUUUAUGUCCUAAACUUGAUAUGGUUUGGAAAGAUUUCCAGGGGAUUGAAAAAGACUUUAACUACAAAGAAAAGAAGAGAUUGAAUUUGAGGUAUCCUGGUCAUAUUUGAUUAUUGUUGUACAUGCUCCAAAUGUGUAAAUAACACGACUUUUCUCCGUCACGUCUUCACUUCAACUUAAUGUGUUUUUAGUGAGAAUCGACAUUUAGACUUUUGAUUUCUUGCUAACUCAGUGGGUUGCAUUGCAAAGUUAUACAAAUUGUAAGUUUGUCUAUAUGAUUUGAUCAUGUUUCUAUUUAAAAUUGUAAAUAUUUGUAUAAUAUGUCAAUUGUAUACUAAAGUCUUCUUUAUUUUGUAAGAUU